AUGAAUAUACAAAUUGGACUUAUUGGGGAGACAACUGGAUUGAUUUGUAAUCGAAAUGUAUUUUUGGAGUUUGAAUGUUUGUCAGGUCUUAAAAGUGAGGAAAAGUCGGAAAUAAAUUUUUUCGAACUUGGAAGAAUUGAUGGAGAUGAAGAGAUUUUUACUUUUACUCGUUUACUUUUAUUUUCAAAUGUUAAAUUGGAAGAACAACAAAAACAACAAGCAAUUCAAUCGUUGUCUUCUCUUCAAAAUGAUUGUUCCAUUUUAAAUGAAAAUACAAAAUUUGCUUGGUCUAAAAUGCCUUCUGAAGAGUUUAAUGAUGAUAAAAUUGAAAAAGAAAUUUUUGAGAAUUGGCCAAGUCAUUUGGUGUUUUUUCAAAAGGAGAAAGAGGACGAAAAAUUUUUGGGGGAAGGCGGGCCGGCAAAUUUGAAGAAGAAUAUUUGUUCAAAUUUGUUUUCUCCUUGGCUUCUUAAACAAGUUUGUAGUGAAUUUCGAAUAAAUUUUGUGGAGUUUCCUCAACAAAAAAGUUUUGAAAAAAUGAAGAUGAAUAUGGAAGAAGUAAAAAAUCGAAAAGAAAUUGUAGACUUUUUUGAGAAGAAAUUGGAAAAUUUAAUAAUGAAGAUGGAAGGGUGA